AUGUCAUCACAUCUCUCCUACGUGAGUGUGUGAGUGUGUGUGUGUGUGAGAGUGUGUUUGAGAGACAGAGUAAUCCCAGGCCUUUACCAUGAAGCACUGUGUGUUAUUGCCGCUGCUGCUGGCGUUGGGGUGCAUGCACGUCCACGGUGCUCCGGUGGACCAGGCUGGCAUGGAGCAAGGGUCAUGUGAUGACGCAGCAGCGAUUGGCGCUGCAGGACUGGCUCUCACCAAGAUCAACCAAGACCGGCAGGAUGGCUACAUCUUCAGCCUGCACCGCCUGUCCAGUGUUCACAUGACGCCACAUGGAGGCAACGGCAUGGUUUUCUACCUGACUCUGGACGUCGUUGAGACCAACUGCAGUGUCCUCAGCAAGAAAGACUGGAAGACCUGUGAGGCUCGUCCCACACAUGACACACCGGUAUAUGGACAGUGCAAAACUGCCAUCUUCAUCAAUAAAGUGCAAAGAGUGGUCCGUCUCUACAAAUACAACUGUGUUAUCAGACCAGUUCCUGCAGCUAAGGUGGCUGAAGUCUGCCCUGACUGCUCGUCUCCCAUCGCCAUGGACAACGCUGAGGUUCAGAAGGCACUGUCUCUCUCGCUGGAGAAGUUCAACAAGGAGACCGGGUUGGCCAAUCGUUUUGCUCUGCUCAAAGUCACCCGCGCUACCUCCGGGAUGGCCAUGAAGAUGUAUUACAAUGUAGAGUACACCAUCCAGGAGACCACCUGCCCCAAGAGCGCAGAAGCAGCUGAUAAGUGCCCACUCAUGGAGUGCGAGUUCGCUCACAAGGGCUUCUGUAAGGCAUCCCUCUUCUACUCUCCCACUAAUGAUGCUGAUACCAGUGUAGAGUGUGAGAUCUAUGAGCCUGAGGCUGCUGAGAGAGAGAAGAAACUGCACCUGCUAGGCGGAGAGACUGACCACAGCCACACUGACACACACGGACACAGCCACACCCACGACCAAGCACACGCUGCCGACCAGUCUCACACACAUGACCACGUGCACGACCACACCAAGAGCCACUCUCAACACAACAGAACCCUCCAGCACGCUCACGACAGCGACCACCACCACACACAUGACCACGAGGCAGGCAGCGGCCACAGGCACGCUCAUGAUCACUCCCAUGACCAUGGGCAUGGUCACGAUCACGUGCACACUCAUCACGCCAAGGCACACAACCACAGUGGUGACUCACCCAACCACCACCACGACUACAAGCAUGGUGACGCAGUACACACCCAUGAGCACGACCACGAGAUCGCACUGGACCACGACCACAAGCACGCUCACCUUCACGAGCACGAGCACCACCACCAUCAUCAUGACCAUGACCACGAGACCACAGUCCACGACCACCCAGAGGGCACAGUGAGGAUGCUGCCCGCCAUGGACCAGCCCAUGACCCUGCCUGCCUUCCCUGAUGUCCCCGUCGGUGGCCCAGAGGUGGGAGUCACCCUGCCUGCCAAGCCCAAUCCCCAGAUCCCUGAAGAGAAUGAACCCGUCAUCCUGCCCUUCCCUACCUCAGUCUCAGCCAAGUGCCCCCCUGCAGUGAUAGGCACCACCCUGGUGGAGCAAGUCUUCAAUGAGGACCCCAUGUUCAAGCCAGCUGCAUUAAAUUCCCCUGUUCCCCAGAUGAGUGUGUACCUGCUAGUCCUGUGUCUGGCUUUGCUGCAGCAGGAGGGGGGAGCCAGUUCAGACCCUCCAGGCUGCAAUAGCACUGAGGUGGUGAGGGUGGCGGAAGAGGCCCUGGAGCAGAUCAACCAGGACCGGACACACGGAUAUAUCCUGAGCCUGAACAGACUGUACGACGUCUCUCAUACUCCUGAGGAGGAGAAAGAUGGGUCACUCUACAAACUGACCAUUGAUGUCUUGGAGACCAGUUGCCAUGUCACCAGCAGGAAACCAUGGAAACAAUGUGGUGUCAGAGGUAUUGGUAGUGCACCAGUGUAUGGAGAGUGUGAUAUGUCUGUCUAUGUUGACUCUCAAGUCACACUUCAAAACUACUCCUGUGCAAUUCGUGAGGUUUCUGCCAGGGGACUGUUGCGUACUUGUCCGGACUGUCCCACAGUUAUCGACCUGAAUGGGCCCCAAGUCAAGGAGACAGCAGAUCUUUCCCUCCAGAAGUUCAAUAACGAGAGCCGCCUGACCAACUUCUUUACUCUCGAGAACAUUACAAGAGCCAGUAUGCAGUGGGUUGUUGGUCCAUCCUACUUUGUGGAGUUCACCAUUGUGGAGACGGUGUGUUCAAAGACAACAGAUGCCAGUGAACUGAGCGACUGCCCACCUAUGGACUGUCAGUUUGCUCAUAAAGGCUUCUGUUUCGGCUCACACGUAGCCAUUGAGGACGAGUUUGAAAUCAGACUGCCUGUUGGAAAGAAGGACAGCUCAUUUCGGAAGCCUGUAGAGGUGAAGUGUGAGAUCUACGAACCUCAGGCUGCCGUUGUGGAGGAGCAGGCCCAUGCGAAGGCCGACAGCGGGCACACUGAGCAUCAGCACGACAACCACACACACCUGCACCCUCAUGAGCAUAUGCACUCAGUCACACCCAGCUCAGACCUCACUGUCUCCAAGCCACGGGGCUCCCUCGGGACUGUGGUCAAUAAGCCUGCUCCUCUCAGGUCUUCCCCAGCAGCCAGCUCCUGCCCCGGCCCGCACAGACACAAUCUGGGUUUGGGCAAACUCAGGCUCUGAUUGGCUGGACCAGGAGAGAUGAUCAGUUACUCAAGCUACAUUUUACUGCAUGUUGUAAUUAGUUGAGAAAGACAAGAAAUUGUAACUUAAAGUAAAAUAUGGGAAGAAAAUAAGGUAUACCGACAAUAAUCAUUGUAAAUAAUCCGAUCACACUGAUUGAUUAAAGCAUUUACAUAACAGGAA